AUGUCUACGAUAUUCCAGAGGCUUCGCCGCAUGACGGCGGCUCUCGAGGAUGUCGCUCUUCCACUCUUCUUAAACCCUUCGGUCACUGCCCUAUACCUAACUAUCUGGAGCUCAGAUGGAACGAUAAAGGACCUUCCCAUUCGGGUUCCCUACCUGAAUGUGUUACACUUCAUAGAGUCACAGGCUGACCCUCUCUCGAUCCAGACGUUGUUGACCCAGUCAUUGAUGGCCUUUCCGUCUCUGACCGAGUUUUAUGUACCGUCUAAUUCUCUGUUACCCUCGCUAGUCGAGAUAGCGUCCCUGCUACCUCUGCUCCGAACGCUAGGGCAGUACCCACCUGGAAAGGUUUACUGUAAUAGAUCCCAGUUUCCUGGCCGUUUUGCGCCCGACCUUAAGGUCGGAUCGUUUCCAUCCUUGCGGGAAAUUUCGUUCACUGCGGCACUUCCAGAAGCGACGGCACUCAUUCGAAACCCACAUUUUCCAUCUCACAACCUCACUUCUCUGAGACUGUAUGCCAUUUUACCACUCAAAGACCACGAUUUCGUCCACUUCAGCACCGCCGUGACAGACCUCUGUCCGAACAUCAAGGAACUAGGGAUCUUUGCAGGCGAACAUUCUCUCCCUGCACUACUGCGUAUUCAAUUUUUCGAACUAGCUCCUUUGCUUCAUCUUCGGAAGCUGGCCUAUCUAAACAUACAUUAUCGUCACCCCGUCCACAUGUCUGACCAAGACGCUAAAGACCUCGCCUCCAGUCUUCCCUACUUGGAGAGACUGCACAUAACUGCGGCAGAGCCUUCGGUCGCCCACCCACACACAUUGCCUUCCCUGGCCACACUGACCCAGUUCGCGCGACACUGCCUCCUACUCCGAGAUUUAACGCUUUGUCUCGAUGCCACUGAGAAUCAUGUAGUCCCGGUCUCUGGAACAUCGUCGCUGUUCCAGAGUCUACAGCACCUGAAGCUCCACUUAGGCUUCGCCACCGCCUCCAGUGACGAGGUAGAGCCUGUCGCGUCGUUCAUCACCGGUAUUCUCCACGACAACUGCGCCUUUUAUGCAGCUUCUGUUGUCGUCGAUGAUUCUGCAGUAGAACAAUCUCUGUCCCAGUCUAUCAGCGGGAAGUGCAAGUACAUUGGGCAACUCGUCCGGCGCAUGAUAGAGAGCAGGAGGCAUCGGGCGAUGGCGGAGAAGCGGAUGAAGACGGAGAUGCAGAGAGUGAGGAAGGAGAAUGUGAGGUUUUUGCGGAGACUUUGA